UGGCUCAUUUGUCCUGGAGGGGCGGAGCAACGUGCAUGUGCGCUCCUGCUGAGUGAAACCCGUUUUAAAAAGCGAACAGACUUGAUCGAGAAGCGUGCGAUCAGAAAUUAACAUUUUAUUUCCUGUGAAAGUCCUUGGGUCAGAGAUGUCAAAGGGCACGGUGGUCUUGGCGUACAGCGGUGGUCUGGACACUUCUUGUAUCCUGGUUUGGCUCAAGGAACAAGGUUAUGAUGUCAUCGCUUACCUGGCCAACAUCGGACAGGACGAGGACUUUGAUGCUGCCCGCAAGAAAGCCGAGAAACUUGGUGCCAAGAAGGUUUAUAUUGAGGACCUGCGUUCUGAAUUUGUCGAGGAGUUCAUCUGGCCGUCUGUGCAGGCCAACGCCAUAUAUGAGGACCGCUACCUGCUGGGCACAUCUAUCGCCCGGCCGUGCAUCGCCCGACGACAGGUUCAGAUCGCCCGACAGGAGGAGGCUCAGUACGUUUCCCACGGGGCCACUGGAAAGGGAAAUGAUCAGAUUCGAUUUGAACUGACAUGUUACGCUUUGUACCCUGAAGUGAAGAUCAUCGCCCCGUGGAGGAUUCCAGAAUUCUACAACCGUUUCCGUGGCAGAAAGGAUCUGAUGGAGUAUGCCGAGAAACACGGCAUUCCUGUGCCAGUCACGCCGAAGGCUCCGUGGAGCAUGGAUGCAAAUCUCAUGCACAUCAGCUAUGAGUCUGGAAUUCUGGAGAAUCCGAAGAAUCAUCCGCCUUCAGAUCUGUAUCAAAUGACCAAGAGCCCAGAAGAUUCACCCAAUGAGCCAGACCUGCUGGAGAUUGACUUCAACAAAGGCGUGCCGGUCAAAGUGACACAUGUCAAAGAAGGAAGAUCCAAACACACCUCGCUGGAGAUCUUUAGUUACCUCAAUGAGAUCGGUGCCAAACAUGGCGUGGGCCGAAUUGACAUUGUGGAGAAUCGAUUCAUCGGAAUGAAGUCAAGAGGUAUCUAUGAGACGCCCGGAGGAACAAUCCUGCAUCACGCUCACCUGGACAUUGAGACCUUUACCAUGGACCGGGAGGUCCGCAAAAUCAAACAGAAUCUCAGCAUCAACUUCUCCGAGCUCAUUUAUAACGGGUUCUGGUACAGCCCGGAGUGUGAGUUUGUCCGUCACUGUAUUGAGAAGUCACAGGAGAACGUUGAGGGUCGUGUGCAGCUCUCGGUGUUUAAGGGCCACGUGUACAUCCUCGGCCGCGAGUCGCCCAAAUCUCUUUACAACGAAGAGCUUGUCAGUAUGGACGUGCAGGGAGAUUACGACCCGUGUGACGCGUCCGGCUUCAUUAAGAUCAAUGCGGUCCGGCUGCGAGAACACAACCGUCUUCAGCGAGCCGCUCACCAGAAGCUCUGAGUUUGUUUUUAACCAUUUCAAUCGUGAUCGAGCUGUUAUGUUUAUCUGUGACGCCGCUCGUCUACAAAUGAAUAAAAACACAGAAACUUACAAGCAGUGUGUGUUGAUCUUUCUUACAUUUACCUGUAUGCACGUGCUCGAUGCUUUUAUCCAAAGUGACUUCAAGCCAUCAGAACGUGUGUGGACUCGAACCCGUGACCUUUGCUUUUAAGGGAUUGAUACUCGCGUCUUAUAUUUUUUUCCACCGGUUUACAGUCACGAAAGGUUUCUUCAACGAGCAGCAUUUUACGUGAGCCGUCACACCAUCACCGUGUGACAUCUGUGAUCUCAAACCAUGUUUUCUCUUCUUCACAAAAGCCAUUUACUGCUCUUUUUUCCUCUCAAGUUGCCAUUGCGUCUUUCCGCACCUCUUCCAUUUCCCGCGGCCGUCGUUGAGCGUUCCCGGACGUCAGCGUGAGCGAGGGGCCGGCUGGAGAAGAUGGAACCGGGGUCCCCCCGCUGUUUGAAAUAAACGGCAGGGGACACGUCUGCUCUUUCAUCCCGAGCAGAACCCCCCGCCACCGCUGCUCAAUUACACGGCGGGCGACUCGAUCCGGGCCUCCAAUUACCACACGGGCCCCUUAUUUACAACCGCGCGCAUGCACGGGGACAAAUUGCCUGGCGAUCGCUCGCGCCUGCUACAAUUUUGACAUUUCUUCUGCAGAGAUGAAGCUACUGUUGAAUUAUCCAUUCAGGCUGAAGGAGACCGCAGACCAGCCCUAUGGGUCGUGUUCUCAGUAGUGUGCAUACAUGCCGCACCGCUCUCAUUGAAUUUGUCCGGGCUGUAUCCCAUGAUGCAAUGCACUUAACUUGUAAAGGAUAAACCAGAAUGCAUCUCUUUCUCUUUAUUUAUUAAUUCAUUUUUUUUCCAAGAUGGCCGCCGCUCACUGAAUGAAACUUCCCCGAGGAAAACGGUUUUGCUCAGAUGUUGCUCUGUUUUAGUUCUGGAGAUUUGAUGGAGAUCUCAGUUGUGAUUCACUUUAGUCGCAGACGGUUUUUUCUUCUUAAAAUUGUUUAGGAGAAAUAAAACAAAAUGAGAACGUAAUUGUGUAAACACACGAAGAGUGUGGAGGUGUAAAUGAAUGUAGAUUGUCGAGGUCAAAUAAUCUGGAUUUGAUGAAAAACGUUUGAGUUCACAUUGAGAUAUUCAAUAACAUUGACUUUUGAUCGCAGACGAGACGAAUCUGAGCUCAGUUUCUCUUCUCAAACUCUACCAACAGACACAUUUGCCAGAUUUCUGACGCUUUUUCUCUGGAGAAAUAUCUGAGACGCAGAUGAGAGAUUUGAGCAAGUUGCUCUUCAUUUAAUCUCAUUGAUGUCUAGGAGACAUAAUUGCGAUAUUACAGAGUUAGUUUACUCCGAGACGUUGAAUGUGUCGUCAGGAUGAUCUGAUGGAUGUCGUGAACGAGACAGGGGCCGUGUCAGAUGGUUUCCGGGUCUCAUGUUGCUCGGACAGCUCCAUCCGCCUGUACCUGUUAGCAGAGGUACGAAAGCAUCCCGACCCGUUCAGGUGAAUUAAUGACCCGUGACCUUCCCUCAAUUACGUCUCAUUAACCUCCGCCUUCAGGGACUCUGAGACACAAUGGGAAGACAUGAGAGUUUAAGAGUUGCCAUUGAAAACCAACCCUAAUGGCUUUAUUCUGCUGUCUGUCAGUCAAGAUUAAACAAAGAGCACCUCUGUCACAGCUUGAGCUCAUUCCAUUUCUGUCGUUUGUCACAAAAUAAUAAUGCCUCAUUAUUGCUCUGUGCUAAGGUCGUUUCCCCUUCUCAAAAAAUCACCACGGUAACCUUCCACUACUAAGGGUGCUCCGUCAGAAAUUGUUCAAUUCAAUUCAAUUUUAUUAAUAUAUAUUUAUAUAUUAUUCAUAGAUAUUUUCACAAUGUGCAUUGUUCCAAAGCAGCUUUACAAGAGAAAAUAAGAAAAACACAGAAAAGGCCAAACAAGCACAGUGCAUGGUGUUUAUUAAUUAAGUAAGUUUAUGGUAAAAACAAGCAAAAGAAAUAAACUUAAAAUCAGUACUUGAGAAAAAGGUCAAACUAAAUUCAAGUUUAUUUUUCUCACCCCAUGGACAGGUUGUUUUGCUUGUUUUUACCAUAAACUUACUUAAUUCUUACAUUCUUUUUUCAUAAACAAGACUAACUUUCUUAGGUCACUUUUCUUGUCAAGUAAUUGUAUCUUGAUUUAAGAAGUUUUAGAUAUUUUCACUAAAAACAAGGCAGAAAUGCUUAGUAAGAAUGUCAGAAAUUGCAGUGUAAUGUAACUGAGUGCAGCUAUGACUUCAAACUGCUGUCAUGUGAUGCAAGUUUAGCAAUAAAUACUAAGUAUUGUAAAUUUAGCAGAAGUCCGUCUUUGCUCUUGGUUGGGGAUGAAAUUGUCAUUGCCAACUUUUUUUGCUUGACAGGUUGGUCAUGCCAAGAUAUCACAGUUUUAUUUGAGCAAAGCUGUUUUACUGUUUUCUUCAAUAUUUUAUUGUCCAGCUGGAUAGUUAUUAUAAAUCUGAUUGUUUAGAAAUGUAAAAGUACGACUUUUUUGAGAGGUAUUUUACCCAAGAUGGUAAUUAUGUCCAUUUCUUUUUUGAGGUAAGAGAACUCACAUGGCAGACUGAAUGGCUUCAUGUCAAUCAUGGACUCACCGGUCUCCUGCUCACCUGUGUCUCUCGGGCCGCUCGGCUCGCCGAUCUUUGUUCUACACGUUGGCCGUCCCAAAAGCCGUAGAACAAUGACUGCAGGGGGUUUAUUAAGGCCAAUUAUAGUAACCCAAAACUGACCCGCUCCCCUGGAGCCCACGGAGAGCCUGGUGCAAUGAAGGGUCUGCGGACAAUUACAUGAAAUGUUAGUUUGACACGUAAAGACGUGAAGAAAGUUAUUGUGUGCAAAAACUCUGAUUGAACACAGAUCAAUACAACAAAAAAAUGGAUUUGUGAUCAGUUGCUAAAGGACUAGAAUGUGUUCUGGUGUGCUCGGACUGAAGGUUUUCUGUGAUGUGAAGGAGUUAAGAUGCUCAGGAGGGUUUGAUCUACAGACUAAUGGCUCUGGGGUGGGUAUGAGGUCAUAAUCUCACAACUCGAUUUAUUACACUCGGACGCGAUCAUUAGACUGGUUUAAAAGGCUGUUUAAGGACGCUUGGGUUUACACGCCGCUCUCUCUAUCACUCACUCGCAUUAGGGACUCGACAAACUUUUUACCGUAAGUAUUAAAGGGUGUCUUAUACUUCUUCAUCUAAUCUUGAAGUUAUCGAGACUUUAUAAAGAUCAGAUUUACGUGUUUCCCCUUUCAAACAUUAAAACCAGAGAAACGAAUCUCCCACAGAUCUGCACUGAAGGACACCACAUCGAUGCAUCUGGAAGGUGAGCAGGUGUGCGACCGCCUACACAGCAACCGUCUAGAAACCUCAGCAACUGCAGAGCAACGCACUUAAAACUCUCAGAUUCUUUUAGGACAAGAGCGCAAAUUGUCUUUGGUGAUGUCACUGUUGAAUAAACGAAGGUCAUUUAUGUUCUCGUGGUGUCGUAAUGGCGCGUUUAUCAUUGUUGCGCACGCGUUGUUACUGGAAACGGACGACUUUCCACCGUAUUGUUUGUUUGACAUUUGAUUCCUGUGUUUUCAAGCGCUGUUGUGUCUUCAGACGUCUGUUCCUGUCAGAGGGCAAAAGCCGCCCCCCUCUCCGAUCUAUAAAAACAGAUGGGGGGCCAUUACCUUCAAAGCUGCUCGCUCUUUGUUUCCGGCUUUGCACGUGAUAAAAUAUUGAUGGAAAAAUUGAAAUAUUUUGCCUCCUGCUUAAUGUUGCCCAUCCGAGGGGGGUUAAUGACCGAUUGAGACCCCCGAUCUCAUGUUACUUGAGCUGUAGCCAUGAAUGGGCUUUCACACGAACCCUGUGGAGCCGUGCGCUCGAUCGAUAGCUUUUUAUCAGAGCACACGCGCUACUUUACCGAACUGAAGCAGAGACAGAGGUCUUUAUGCAGACCGCUUACACGUUUUCUUGAGUUUUCUCUGAAAAGAUCUCUGUAAAGUGCUUUCAGACAUUCUCAAACCCUGCCCCUGCAUUCUGUUUCGGUGUGUUUCAAAACAAAAUCUUGACUUGGAGAUGUUUCCAAAUGGUGAAAAUCUGAUGCUGUGACAGCGCUAUAUUGAAUCCGGCUCGUGACGUUUCUUCAGAUUGUUUUGAUGUCACAGAGAUGAAACUCUCACACCAGAGUUCAUCUCCAGGGUUUGUCUUGUUCAUCUCAAUCAAUAUAUUUCUUUUCUCUCAGUGAUUGUCUCUCCAGAGGUCUCUGGCCUCUUUGUCGACACGCUCGCGAUGUCUUUCGAUUCGUUUUCUGUAACAGGCGCUAAAGGAUCAGAAGGCCGCUUGGUUUGAGCAGGUGUCGCUGUCUCUAAAUGUUCUUUAGCGUCGAUAACCUCAAUUCCAUAUUUAAAACACUCGAAUGAUGUCUUUCAUUUGUUCAUUUCGCUGUAAAAAAAAUAGUUGAGUCAACUUAAAAUAAUAAGGCAACCUGUCGCAAGCACGUUUUUGAGUUAACUCAACAAACAGAGACUGAAGUUCACCCAACUUAAAAAUGUAUGUUUGAGUCAUUAGUUGUCACAACAUAGUCAAGUUUACCUAAUGAACAACUGAACAAAAUAUUUGUUGUUGGCUGAACAAAAAUAGGGAAUAGAUUGAUUGUUUAAAAAUAAACAAAUGUGUUUGUCUUGUACUAGAAUUGGACAUGUUUUCUCCCUCAAACAGUCCAAAACUUUGAUCAAAUAUCUGUGGAACAGUUUGUGUUGAGUGCAUUCAAACCGGUUGUGCCGUUGUGUCGUGCACUUACACCUCAACAUUGAACACACAAACCUCAACCAUGGUAACAACAUGAAAAAACUCUAAACACAACAGAUAACUUACAGUAACAAUAAUAUUUAAGCAUAAAUUAAGCCAGCAAGAACUAAAACACUUUAAAAGAAAAACAAACAAGAAAUACAGAAUUGAACAUGCUGCAAUGCGUCUUGGGAAUAUCGUUUGUUAUUAUUACGUUACCCUUUAUAAAGCAUUUAUAAAUGUGUUCAUUAAUGAUGAAUAAGUAAUUUACAAAUGCAGUUAUAACUGCAUGAAUAAAAAGAGGCAUUCUAACGAAUACCUGCCAAAUAGCGAGCCAUGUUAUAAAUGCUUAAUAACUGUAUUUAUUCAUUAUUUAUUUGACUCGAAAGCAGAUUAAUUAUUAUCUUGGUGUUGUUUGCUAUAUAGGCAGUCAGACGGGACACUGUAGGGUGUUAUGUUGUUUAUCUUAUCUUAUGCUCACUAUUUGGCAGUUAUUUGGUUAGAAUCCCCCUUUUUAUUCAUGCAGUUAUAACUGCUUUGUGAUGCAUUUGUAAAUGACUUAUUAAUCAUUAAUGAACACAUUUAUAAAUGCUUCAAAAGGGAAUACCUUAAUGUAAAGUGUUACCAAAUUAUCUUUAUUAGAAACAUGUUUAGGCUCAUUUUGUUCAGUAUAUGCAAAACAAUAAUCUGACUCCUUUAACUAAACAUUCUAUGUUCAAGUUAUGUAUUUAUCUUUGUAGGGAGAACACUUUGCAAGUUGGAUUUUUUAAAUGUUCCAAAGGUUUUUGCAAAAAAAUCCUAAUGGGCUCCAAGGAGUGACUUUCAAGGAGUUCCAUCUUUAAGCCAUGUCCAAAUUCUACACAAAUUUCAACUAAAACAAAUGGUCCUUCUAUGGUCGUUAAUAGCAGUUUUCAAUUUAACUUGAAUUUUUUUUUCAAAUCUUGUUUGAUGGUCACGAGACAUUAUUCAAAUGUAACGAUUAACAACCCCUGUCGCGAUGUAUCAUACAGCAUGAAAAUAAUCCACCGCAGACGCAUCUCUCGCCGUCAGAUGUUUCCCAGGAGGCUUUUAGGGCAGAAAGCGUGUGUGCAUAUGUUUUAAAAACAUGUUGUUUGUCUUGCAUUUGCUCGGAAGGCUUUCAUCGCCCGUCCCGAUCCACCCACAUUGGCUAUAAUCACGGGACGACACUGACAACAGAAGUCUGUCCCUCUCAAAGCAUGCUGGGAGAAGUGCUCAAACAACAGCAUUUACCUGUUAUUACCUCGCCGUCACCAAUACAAUGACAAACACACACCUCCAGCAGGUGAAGAGUAAGAGCCGAGCCACAGAAAGAGAAAAAUCAGAGGAGCACUAGAGCCGGGUCAAGCCGUCAAACACCGAAACAAGCCAAAACAUCUGUCAUUUUCACGGCAGGGUCUCACUGUAAUUGAGUCUCCGAGAGUGUCUGUACCGAGAGGAAUCGUCCGGCGGUUUCAAGCACAAAACUGUGAUUAUGACACUGUUUAGUUCUGAGCCUCCAGUCCUGUUAAAAGCACACGGCUCUGUUUGCCACGUUGAGCCCAAUCAUCAAAAAACUUUGGAUGGUUGGUUUUAAUCAGAUGUUUGCUGUCUUUACUGCGUUCUUUUUCAAAUAAAGAAGUUUCCAUUUCCA